AUGGAAGUCCGGCUGAUUCCCGCAGCUCUGAAGCUUUUAUCUCUAGACAAAGAGGCCGCCAACUUUGCCAAAAGACACCGACGUAGCAACCUCCACAAUGCGGUCUUCGGAGCCCCCGUAAGAGAUCCUCUGGAACCCAAGAGAGAAGUUUGUGAGCUCAACCCAAGCUGCGAUGAGCUGGCCGACCAUGUCGGAAUUCAGGAGGCCUACAGACGCUUCUACGGCCCGGUCUAA